AUGGGGACGCCGUCGACAACGCACACAACAGCAGUGCCCACAACAGAUUCGACAAGAACAACAUUAUCAACUCAGACUUCAACAAAAACAACAUCAUCAACCGGUGGACCUCAUACGAUUAAAGUCGGCCCCAGGGGAAACCCGCAUCAAUAUGUUCCUAACACUGUCAACGCCAGUGUCGGGGAUACAAUCGUCUUCGAGUUCUAUCCAAGAAACCAUUCGGUUGUGCAGGCAAAGUACCUGGAGCCGUGUGUGCCGGCGGCGAAGGACAUUUUCUACUCUGGGCCUUUCAAUGAAUUUAACGAGGAUGGCGGGUUUCUAGACGGACUGGCACCGACAUGGACUUUGAGGGUCAAUGAUACGGAGCCGACGUUCUUUUAUUGUACCGCGAUAGACUCAUGCAACGUAAAUGGGAUGGUGGGAGCCAUCAAUCCGAACGAAACUAUGACCUGGGACGAACAGAACAAAAGCGCAUUAGACUCCCCCAUUCAGCUCGUCCCCGGCGAACCAGUCCCAGCAGAAGGCGACGACAACUCGUCAUCCGACAACUCAUCAUCAAAACUCAGCGGUGGCGCCAUCGCCGGCAUCGUGGUCGGCGCAGUCGCCUUCAUCGCAGUCCUCGUGGCGCUCUUCUUCGUCCUCGGUCGCAACCGCGUCUACAAGAAAUGGAUGUCCUCACAAGACGGUCGCUCCGAACGCACCGCCCGCUGGGCCUUCUUCAACAACGCACCCGGAACCGCACCUUCGGACGCACGCAAGAGCGAACAUGAACCCACGUUCCAGCCGAUGACGGCCGAUCAUCAAUCGGGAAUGUUUAUCGCAAGUCCGGAUAUGACCCAUGCUGCUACGGCGUCGCCUCCGUACCCGUAUGCGAGACAUGGGUCGCCGCCUCCGCAGCAGAGUAUGCCCGUUGCCAGUCAUUGGAGUUGGGAUAUGACGGCGCAUCAGCAGCAACAGCAGUACCCGCCGCCGCCGCCGCCGCCGCCGGUUGAGUUGGAUUCUGAUAGUCGGAAAUGA